UUUCGGGGUAGGUUGGUACGGACGCCAAAGCUUGAGAGAAAAGGACUGCAAUUUAAUCGCCCAGUCGAAGAAUCCGCAACUAUUACCGUGUCUCGUCGUUUCACUUUCUUCCCCUUUUCAUCACUAAUAUGAUGUUAUCAUGAGGAAUGCACAGAAGGUUUACCAGGGAUCUUUGACAGCCAAGAACUGAAUAUUAUUUCAGCACUUCCCUCCCGGACAAGCACAGUUUUUCGCGUGCAGUUUUUUGGUGAUGCGGUUUGGAUCCUAGGCUAAAAGAAGCCAGAUCCACGUUUGCCCGCCUGCAUGUUGUCAGAAAGGUUAUUGGGUGUUUAAUGUAAUGUAGCCAGGUAUCUGAAUAUUGCUCUCUGUGUUCUACUACCUUCUUAUAAUUGGAUUGCACAUCAUAAGUCAAAGAUUUCUUCAUCCUCCGACCUCGGAUACUGUGGACUGGGAGGAAACAUGGGACUGCCUGCUCUGGAGUUUAGUGACUGCUAUCUGGACAGUCCCCAGUUCCGAGACCGAUUGAAGUCUCACGAACUGGAACUGGACAAGACCAAUAAGUUCAUCAAAGAGCUGAUCAAAGAUGGGAAGGCCCUCAUCCAAGCACUGAAAAAUCUGUCCACAGCCAAGAGGAAGUUUGCGGAGUCUCUCAAUGAGUUUAAGUUCCAGUGCAUAGGUGACGCAGAGACGGACGACGAGAUAUGUAUCGCAAAGUCUCUACAGGAGUUUGCUGGAGUUUUGCAGAACCUGGAGGAUGAGAGAACACGGAUGAUUGAGAAUGCCGAUGAUGUGCUGAUCAUGCCACUGGAGCGGUUCAGGAAGGAGCAGAUCAGCGCUGCCAAGGAAGCCAAGAAGAAAUACGACAAAGAGACAGAGAAGUACUGUGCUGUACUGGAGAAGCACCUAAGCCUAUCAGCAAAGAAGAAAGAAGCACAUCUUCAUGAAGCCGACAGCCAGGUGGACCACGUGCGGCAGCAUUUCUACGAGGUGUCUCUGGAGUAUGUCUUCAAGGUGCAGGAGGUCCAGGAGAGGAAGAUGUUUGACUUCGUAGAGCCGUUGCUGGCAUUUCUUCAAGGGCUGUUUACUUACUAUCACCAUGGGUACGAGUUGGCCAAAGACUUCAACCACUUCAAGACAGACCUCACUAUCAGCAUUCAGAAUACGCGGAACCGUUUUGAAAGCACACGGUCUGAGGUGGAGUGUCUGAUGAGGAAGAUGAAGGAGAACCCCCAUGAGCACAAGAGUAUCAGCCAUGACACCAUGGAGGGAUACCUGUUUGUACAGGAGAAACGCUCUUUCGUGUCAACCUGGGUCAAGCACUACUGCACCUACCAUCGAGAGCCCAAACGAGUCACCAUGGUCCUGUUCGACCAGAAGUCGGGUGGCAAAGUGGGGGAGGAGGAGAGCUUCACUCUGAAGUCCUGCACAAGACGGAAAACGGAUUCUAUAGAGAAGAGGUUCUGUUUCGACGUGGAGGCUGUCGACAGGCCAGGGGUGAUCACCAUGCAAGCUCUAUCGGAGGAAGAUCGCAGGCUGUGGAUGGAAGCUAUGGAUGGGAGAGAACCGGUCUAUAACUUAAACAGAGACAGCCAGAGUGAAGGCCUGGCUCAGCUGGAUGUGGUUGGCUUCAACGUUGUGAAGAAGUUCAUCUACGCUGUGGAGACCAGAGGCAUUGACGAGCAGGGCCUGUACAGGAUUGUUGGAGUAAACUCCAGGGUGCAGAAACUCCUGGGUCUUGCCAUGGAUCCUAAAACCUGUGCUGACGUGGAGCUGGACAGUACAGAAUGGGAGAUCAAGACCAUCACCAGCGCAAUCAAGUACUACCUUAGAAUGCUGCCCGCGCCCCUUAUGACUUAUCAGUAUCAAAGGAGCUUCAUCAAGGCAGCCAAACUGGACAAUCAGGAGGCGAGGAUCACAGAGAUCCACAGCAUCAUCCACCGGCUCCCAGAGAAAAACCGCCAGAUGCUGGACCUGCUUACCAAACACUUGGCAAAUGUGGCCAGUCACCACCAGCAGAACCUGAUGACUGUGGCCAACCUGGGCGUGGUGUUCGGCCCCACUCUGCUGAGGCCCCAGGAGGAGACUGUGGCUGCCAUCAUGGACAUCAAGUUCCAGAACAUUGUGGUAGAGAUCCUCAUCGAGAACCAUGAGAGGAUAUUCAAGGAUAUGCCAGUUCCGGGAGGUGGCCAGGCCAACCUACAGCUCAACCUGCAGCCUCGGAGGAAAAGCGCAGAGAGCAAAGCCCCGUCCUGCAGCGAGAGACCCCUUACCCUCUUCCACACACCCACACACACCCAGAAAGUGGAGAAGAGGAACAGCGUGGUAGUGAACUCUACUCCAGAGCCCCAGCAGCUUCAUCCGGCCCAGGCCAACGCCCCCCACAACAACCCAUCAGCCACCCGCUCUUCCUCCACAGCAGCGGUCAACCAUAACAGCAGCGGCAGCCACGGCCACAGCUGGACCCAACGCAACAGCCUGACCAGCACUGACGGAGAUCAGGACGGGGGCCUGAUGGCCAGGCAGAACUCACAGAGCCGCCCUAACUCACUGCUGAACCCAAAGAGCCACACCAGUAUCCCAAUGAGCCCAGCCUCACCGCGCUCCCCCUCCUGGCCGAUGUUCUCUGCAUCCUCCAGCCCCCAGCCGGCCUCCUCCACCUCCAGUGACUCCUCCCCCAUCAGUGUCCCAGGCAGGAAGGCUAGGGCACUCUACGCCUGCAAGGCGGAGCACAUCUCUGAGCUCUCGUUCAUUGCAGGGACCAUCUUUGAAAAUGUUCAUCACUCGAGGGAGCCUGGCUGGCUGGAAGGCAUCCUAGACGGCAGGAAGGGCCUAAUUCCAGAGAACUACGUGGAGUUUCUGUAGCCCUGGACCAGGACUGUACUGGACUGGGGAGACCACGCAGUUGCACUGUGCCCCUACAACUUAUUGGAAGAGUCUGGAGCACAGAGCGCUUCCUGCUGUGCAUGGUCAUGUACCUGGAAUUCAGCAGCAGACUGAUGUGUGUGCGUGCGUGCAUGCAUGAGAUGCAUUGAGUUGUUGCGACGUAGGUUCAUUCCCAUAUUCAGACAGUCCUUGUGUCAUUAAAAUGCACUGCCACUUCUUUUAGCGUCUUCUAUUAGCAGUUGGGAGGGACUUCGGAAGACGUUUUAGUUUUGGGAUACGUAAAAGGGGAAAAGUUCACUCUGCAGCCCUACUGCUCUUCCAGUGUACAGUACGGUCUGUAGGAAUGAAGAUGAUUGUGUAGGGAGCUUUCAUCUCUAAAUGAUGGGGAGUGUUUUUCAGUGAAUACUGCUAUAAAUGUGAGCACUUGCUGCCUUGCCCGGUAUUCCCCUAGACAAGACAGAACACAACUGCUGUUUACCUACCUGCACAUUAUAGAGGUGGGAGCAUCCUGAAUGUCUUUACUCCCUGUUCGACAGAUUUUGUAUAGCUCUUUUUUUUGCUCAGAACUACUAGGUGAAAUUGUCUCGAUAAACCUGGAAAGGAAGUUAACCGAACUGUUUUCAUUUAGGACAAUAACAUUUUUUUUUUUUCUUCUUUCAUUUCUUAACAUGUAUAUAAAUGGGGAGUGUUAUGUGAAACUAGACUACUUUGUUCAUAUGUAAGCCUUGUAUUUAUAAUAAUUUCAAAGAUGAGAUCCUGAACUGUAUUCUUUUGGGGUGUAAUAACAUUUGUAAAUACAUGACAUUUGAUAAGAUCACAUUUUUUAACUAGCAAAUUUUAUAUUUUGUAUUGUAGCAUACUAAGUUAAUUUUAGCAUCUCAGUUGCUAAAUUUGUCGUCAUUUGGUUCAUGGCCAUUGGGAGCCUUAAUAUUCUUUCUGAUCAAAUAAAUCAUGAACAAGGUUGUACAGAAUUUCAUCUAUUAAAGAUAAACAAACUGGCAGUGCUGUCCUAGUUUCUUCAAGUCUCGGUGCCUUGGAUUUUAUAGAGCUGUUCUGAGUAAUGCUAACCCUACUUCAUACAACGGGUGGGUCUUAUCAUGAAUGCUGAAUGGUUAAAAAACACAUUCCAGCCGGCGUCUACUCAACAAGUAUUUACUCUGCUCCAUCUGAUUGCGCAUACUGUCUCAUCAUCCCAGCCAGGCAAUUUAUAUACUAGAUCUACACUGUAAAAAGCAUCUAGACAUUAUCACCCAUUUCUUUUAGACAAGCAUUUGAUUUUCAGGAGAUUUGUAUUAACCUUGCUGUCUGUCUCGCUGACAUGUGCAACAUUGUUUCAAUAUUGAAAUUCGAUCUCCAGCUGUCGCAAGACACACCUGGGCCAUAUUCAUUAGGCACCAAACAGAACAAAACAGACUAUGGGCUCGAUUCAAUAGCACGAUUGAAAUGUAAAGGUAAUUUUCAAUUGAGCUGACAUAUGCAGCAUUUACGGGGAACGCCUUUAAAUUUCAAUCGUGCUACACUGCAGAUCUUCCUCGAUAUGGUUUGAACCAAGCCCUAAAACAGGGAGGGACCACCUGAAGAUGUUCAAUAGGAACCCCCCCAUUUUUUUUUGCUGGGUUGCAAAAUGUUGAUACAUUGUGCCCAACUAAAUAUGACAGAAUAGGAUUGUGAUUACAGAGCUGGCUGAGAUAAAAGCGACACUUCACCGGAAUAAAACAUGUACCUCAUAAUGGACAUGUUAGCAUGCUCCAGAUAACGCACAUCCUAUCAAUGACCUCAGACUUCAAACAAUGUAUGGUGCGUUCAAGAGACCUAGGAACUCGGGGGGGACGGGGGGGAAACUAGCUCUGCCUGGGAAAAAUUGUCAGUGAUUUUCAGGUCAGAUAAGUUGGAGCUCUAGGAUGAUGCCAGAGUUCCCGACUUGUAAUUUGAGUUGGAUAACCAUUCAAAACCAUUGGAGAUGGUUAUUCCAAGUCCCCAGUUGUCUUGAAAGCACCAGUAAUUCCUUAAACACAGAGGAUAGGCUUACGGUCAUUUCUCAAGUGGUGAACAGGUUCCCAGCCCCAGAAGGUUUUUGACAGGGAGUCAAAACAUUUUCAUAAUAUUCAGUGAUAUGGAAAUUGUACUUUUUUUCAGCUCUUUUGGACUUUUAUGUACAUCUGACGCAUUUGAUGUCAUCCAGCACAGUAAAGAAAAAUUGUCAUCCAUCAAGACAUAUUUGGAGACCUUAGAAAUUACUUGUGAAUGAGAAACCCUUUAUUUUAGAUUUAUAUGGAGAAACAACUGAUAACCAUCGGAGGUCAUGAAGCGAAGCUAGAGCACCCAACCAAAGAACUACACAGAUAUUUUAGUCAGGAGAAAAUAUCGACAUUGACUACAGAAGAGGUGUAAUACAGAGGUAAUACAUAUAUAUUUUUUAAACAAAUACACAACAUAUAUUCUUUACAUUGGAUUACAUUUACAGAACUGAAAUACGAACAACAGACUUUAAUGAAAGCCAUAUACCAGUGAAAUAUGAUCUGCCCUUAAUCUUUAAAGAUAAUAUUUGUAUGUAUUUUAUACAGAAAAUAGACUUUCUCAACUAGUAUGAAGUUGAAACGAGGUAGUGAAUGAACAUUAUAGAUUAUUUUAGGCAGUUUGUGGUGCGUAGACCAGGAAAUGAGGAAAGUCAAAGACUGAGUGACAACCUUCCUCAUUUCCUAUUCAUUAUGAAACGUGGUAGUGCAAAUUCUCUCCGGUAGAUUACGUUCAAACACAGUUUUUACCUAAAAAAAACAACAACAAAAAACAUUCGAAGCGACUGGUUAAUUCUCACAGCAAUAUACAAAAGACCAAAGCCUAGACCAUUACAAAAUAUUUUAAAAUAAAAUAAUAAGCACUAUAAUUGGAUAAUAAGUGCCACUGUAAAUGUAACUGCUCAAAUACUUAUGUUCUCUCUGCUUUGGUCACUCUGUUGUACUAUACAAAAUAUACUCCAGUCCCUCUUCCCCUCCCAAUACCCUGCUUUUCUAAUUUCCUAAAACACAGUGCUUUCAUAGUCUUUACCAUUGAUUUAUAUAAUUUAUAGUUACUUACAAGUCAGACAUGUUUUAACACUGUCUAAGUACAUAUGCAAUACAUCCAUCUUUGUCAAGCACAAACCAACAAACAGAAAAAUAAAAUAAUGACCGUCUUACUCAUCCCAAUGUACAAAAAUAUUGAGUAGAAUUAUUCAUAUCAAAGAGGAUCAAACUGAUAUUGAAAAUAUUGUAUUUUUUUUUAAAGAAACCCAUUUUCUAAAGCAUCAAUAGUUAAGUUGUCCUGAAUUUAAACCCAAUUUUUAUGGCUCUUGGUCUCCCUUUCUCAAGGCUUUAAGUCUAGCUUUUUUUUUUUUUUUUUUUUUUUUAAA